AGAAGAAGAAAAUCCCUCGAGUCAGUAGGAUACACCAUUAAGGACAACGGGGUGAUUAAAAAGUCACAUAGUCUUUCAUCAGUGUUUGAAAGUGGUAAAGAUGAUAGAAACUGCCUAAAUUAAAUCAUCGCGUCACUGAUCUUUAGCACCCGGCAGGCGGAGCACGAGCAAAAGCGAGUGUGUGUUCACUCUCACCUCACUGGCUCACGCUCACCAGCCGUGUUAUUAUAGCAGGGCAUCUCUGACUGGCCGACAGAGAGACGCGAGGUGAACCUGCAGGAGCCGCUCGCAACGGGGGGACCAUGGUCAUCAUGAAUCGCUCGCCGGAUUGCAGGACUUGAGACCUGCGGUUUAUCCGGUUUAUUCUGUACACCCAGAAUUUCCUCCACUUCCAUCAUCUGGAAUUGCUUUAACACUAGAACUAAUCAUGCUGUGGAAAACGGUACUGAUAAUUCUGUGCUGGGGCUUGACGUCCGGGGAACUCCAGGACGGGCAGCCCGGCACUCCUGCUGCUCCAGCGCGGAGAACUUUGGAUUUCGGCUCCGUCCCCUCCGGAGUUUACGAGACCGUCGCCUAUUACGAGCCAGGGGCCAUUGGGAUUUUAUUUAACAUGAUGCACGCUUUCCUCUAUGUGAUUCAGCCUAACCCAUUUCCUGAAGAUCUCGUCAUCAGAGUGGCGAAGGAUAAAUUCGGAGCCAUACAAUCCGAGUACCAGAAGGUGAUUUAUUAUGAGAUUGGUUUUGUGGUGUGUGCGGCACUGGGCCUGCUGUUCACCGUGCUGCUUCCGCUGGUGGGGCUUCUCUUUUGUUUGUGCCGCUGCUGUGAUAAUUGCGGAGGAGAGAUGCACCAGAGACAACGGAAGAACGCAGACUGCCUUAGAGGACUGCUGACCACACUGUUACUCACAACCACCUUCAUUAUCACGGCAGGGGUCCUUUGUGCAUAUGCAGCCAAUCAGAACCUGAGUUCUCAGCUGAAGAGUGUGAGGAAGCUGGUGAAGAGUAACCUAAGAGACCUGCACACCUUCGCCAAUCAGACCCCUGCACAAAUUGAUUACCUGAUCUCUCAGUAUGGCACCGUGAAGCAACAUGUGCUGUAUGACCUGGAGAAUGUAGGUCUUCUCUUGGGUGGAAGGAUACAAGAGGAGUUGGGGAAAGACGUGCAGCCCACCCUCAACUCUGCUCUCAGCAUGACUGGAAUCAAAGUGGAGAAAGCCAUUAAAGCAAUGCGAGACACCAAGGAUGCUCUAGAGAACGUGAGUUUGACCUUGGAGACUUUGCAGGAAGGAACAGUCAAACUGCAGGCUAACCUAAGCCUGGUGCGCGGAAGCCUUAGCAACGUCCUGAACGAUCCUCUCUGCAAAGAUGUGCGCUCGUCAGAGAUUUGUCGCAACAUACUUGUCACCCUUCCCAGGCUAGAAAUUGCAGCCAACUACUCAUCGUUGCCUGAUGUGACCGAACAGUUAGACAAAGUGAAUGAAGUUAUGAAGACGGAUCUCAGCCAGAUUGUGGAAAAGGGAUUUACAUCAUUCAAUGACACUCCCACCAUGGUAACAGAUCAAACCCGAAAUAUUGUUGAAGGGGUGAAGGUUCUGCUGGACGACAUUGGAUCUAACAUCACCACUUUCACCAAGCUCUUCCCGAUUCACAGUUCUCUGACCAACUUCACCAAAAUGAUUACGCACACACACUCACAGAUCGAGGACAUAUACCCACAGAUCGAUCAGAUGGAUUUCUACAGGUGGAUCUGUUGUAUUACCCUGUGCUGUAUGGUUGUGCUUAUCCUUGCCUUCAAUUUUCUGGGAUUGUUGUGUGGUAUUCUGGGAUUUGACAGGCACGCUUCUCCAACCACACGUGGAUGUGUCUCUAACACGGGAGGAAACCUGCUCAUGGCUGGUGUGGGAUUCAGCUUCCUGUUCUCUUGGGCGCUCAUGGGAGUGAUAACAGCUCUGUUCUUAGCAGGGGGGAAUCUAGAGAAGCUUGUGUGUGAACCCUUCCAAACCCGACAGCUGUUCAAGGUGUUGGAUACACCCAACCUUGUCAACUCUGGUUGGAGAAACUUCAUACCAGGAUACCUGUACAAUGACCCUGAGAUUGACCUUACUGCAUAUUCUCUUUACAGUAACUGUAAGGACAACAGAGGGAUUUACUCGGCUCUUCAUAUGGAUAAGAUCUUCAACAUCUCAGCCUUCUUUAACACCAGUAUGUACUCCAAGGAUGUGUCAAAGAAGUUUGAAGGGAUAAAGGUGGACCUGCGUGGCAUCAUUCUUCUGGAGUCAGAAGGCAAACAGAAUCUAGUCAGCUUUACUGAAACUGGCAUUAAUGAUAUUGACUUUGCUGCCUAUUUGGAGGAGGUUAAUAAAGGAGUGACUCGCGUUAAUCUAGUUGAUUUUGCCAGUCAACUUGAUGCUCAAGCUGAUCAGUUGUCUAAAGGGACCUUGCAGACUUCAUUAAAGGGACACGCUAAUACUAUAAGGCAGAUCCACAUCCAGCAAGUCAUCCCGCUGGAGCAGUCCAUGAAAUAUGUGAAAGCAAGGAGCACGCUGAAUCAGAGCAUCAGACUUCUGGAGAGGACGUCCUCGGACCUGCCUCUCAGAGUUAGGGAUGUACUAGAAGCCGUCAAUACCGCCCAGUUCCUUAUCUCCCACAAUGCAACAUUUUUGAUCAACCAGGAAACCGAGAAAUACAAGCAGACCAUCAUUGGCUAUUUCAAGCAGUAUAUGGACUGGAUCAGAACGUCUCUGGCCUUGGAGGUCGCUGCCUGUAAACCGCUCAGCAACAUUGUGGACACUGCCGAGAUCCUGGGCUGCAGUUUCCUGCUGGAUUCAAUGAACACGUUCUGGUUUGGACUGGGCUGUUCCUCAUUGUUUCUGCUCCCUAGCAUUAUCCUGUCCAUCAAGCUCGCCAAGUUCUACCGCAGAAUGGACACAGAGGAUGUCUAUGACGACAUUGAGACAAUUCCCAUGAAAACCAUCCCUACCUAUGACACUAUGACUCGAUUCCCACGGGCCUCUGCGCCCCCGCGCCAUGCCGACUGGUGACUCUGAGGAGGACGCUCUGUUUUUUAACAACAGAAAGUGCUAUUGGAAACUGGAAUUGAACCUUUGUGGACUACUCUCUCUGUGAACAGCAGGAUCAGCUCAGACGGACGACAUUAAAAAAAGGAAACUCAUAUACUUGAAGCUGGGACCUGCUGUCCAUGUGCCCAUGACAUCGAUCAAGAUGAAUUUUUAUUUGUUGUUGUUUUGGCUAUUUUGCACCCCUAUGAUUCAAGUCUUAUGGACUGUCCCCUUAAUGAGCUGUUCUCCGAUGUCACAUCAUGUCAGUCAGAGAGGCUUCAAAGUAUACGGCUGUUUUAACUACUACAUGUGUCUUUGUUUACAGUCAUAAAUCACAUGUGAUGGGCAUAACAAUGCUGCGUUUCUUUUUUCUUUGUAUAGUGCUUUUUAACAUUGUGGAGUCGAGACCACUGAGAGUCCGAAGGGAUUUUUUGUUGAAACAGAGCAAGCCAGCCACCCAUGAGCCUCAAAUAUUAAACAUAAACAAUGUGUUUAGGUGUUUAAAAAACAUGCUAAGUGCUAACUAGUGCUAAUAGAUAGAUGUUGUCAAGCAAUUUCAAGGGUGAAUGCAUUGUUGCCUUUUUCAGAUUUUUAGCUCGUGGUACAUGUAAGCCAUGCCACAAGUCGCAAGGUCUUUGAUUAGUUUUACCUAGACUAUUGAGACUGAGAACGCAAACCCACAUUUGAUACUGAUCUCUGGUUAGCCGUUUAAGAUGUCUGUAUGUGUUUAUGCUCUCUUUUGUACUUGGAAAUUUAAGAUAUGAUCCAUUUGGAUUUAGUAACAUCACAAAAAGAACUUGGUAGCUUUAUGUACUUUCACAGUUAUUAAUGAUAUUUCGGUUGCUAAUUUUGCUGACUGUACUAACAGUUGUUCUCCAACACAUUGUUGGAUUACUGUAAAUUGCUUUUUGACACCAAAUCUUGUUUCAUUGUAGGUCUCAGGUCUUAGGGCUUUUUGUUUACUUGAUAUAACCAUAUUUGUGGACAUAUGCUGAUUAUGUGAACUUAUUGUCAAGUCAGCUUUAAAGCGAGUGAAUGUACCUCAGAGACAUUUGCUGGUACGAGAGCAAGGGAAGACAACAGAGCCCCUUUACGACGACUUUUACAGAGCCUAUAACGCUGUCAUAGUCAUUGACAAUUACUCCACCAAAUAUUUCAGCUGUUUAAUCUUAGAGACAUGUCAGGUGCUACAUAUUGUUGCUCAGAUCCUUCACACAUUGUGUAUAUGACAGUGUUAUCAGGGCCUCAGGUAAAAUGUUGUACUUGAUUUAUACCCAGAAAGGUCCCUUCACCUCACAGUUUCACUGUUUUGCCAUACCACUCGUAGCAUGCGCAUACUUGGUGUUCAAGCUUGCUCAAAGAUGUUAGUUGUGGUGGGCCUGGUUGUCAGUGCCGUUGGUUUUCAAGUCCUUGUGGUUAGGCUGGCUAAAACUGUAAAAUAUUGUGAAUAAAAUUUCAGAUGAAAAUAA